GGGGAGACUAGCACAGGGGCGGAGCUUCGCCGUGAGCCAGGGGGCGAGGAGCUCGCCAGAGCCUCACUUGCUCCCCGCGUCACUGUGCAUGGCAAGUGCUGGGCACACGGGCUGCUCUCCGCCCCCCCGGCCGCCCGCCUCCAUUGUAUAAUGCUUCGUGAGCGCGGCGGCAGCGCGGAGCAACCAGCCGCUUAAACCCUCAAGCUGCCUCCGCCUCCCCCCACCCGCCCCCUGUCCCCGCCAGCGAGCGAGCGACAUAUGGAGCGGGUGUAGGGUCGGAGCGUGCAGACCCUGAUGCUUUAGUUCUCAGGUGGAACUGCAUGUGAUAUAUGUUGGGGAAAGGAGGGAAGCGGAAGUUUGACGAGUAUGAAGAUGGGUUGGAAGGCAAAGCGGUGUCUCCUACUGACGGUCCAUCUAAGGUGUCUUACACCUUACAGCGCCAGACUAUCUUCAACAUUUCCCUUAUGAAACUUUAUAACCACAGGCCAUUAACAGAGCCAAGCUUGCAAAAGACAGUUUUAAUUAACAACAUGCUGAGGCGAAUCCAGGAGGAACUCAAACAAGAAGGCAGCUUGAGGCCUGUGUUCAUCACCACUUCACAGCCUACUGACCCUCUGGGUGACAGCUUUCGAGAGGCUCAGCCUGCGUUCAGUCAUCUUGCCUCUCAGCCAGUUCACCCCACUGACUUAGUAAGCACUACACCAUUAGAGUCUUGCCUCACCCCUGCCUCUUUGCUUGAGGAUGACACUUUUUGCACUUCCCAGACUGUCCAACAUGAUGGUCCUACAAAACUACCACCUCCAGCUGUCCAACCGGUAAAAGACAGUUUCUCCUCGGCCUUGGACGAAAUUGAGGAGCUUUGUCCAACACCUACCUCUACCGAGGCAGUAGUAGUAGCAACAGAAGCAGCAGCAACAAUAGAUGACUCUAAAGACAACUCCAGUGAGUCUAAUGUUCAAAAGUCUGAGGGAGUCCAAGAGAGCAGAACAAGUGAAUCAAAACUCAUGGACUCUUUACCCGGCAAUUUUGAAAUAACAACUUCCACAGGUUUUCUUACAGACUUGACCUUGGAUGAUAUUCUGUUUGCUGACAUUGACACAUCUAUGUAUGAUUUUGACCCUUGCACAUCUGCUACAGGGGCUGCCUCAAAAAUGGCUCCUGUCUCAGCAGAUGAUCUCCUAAAAACUCUAGCCCCCUAUAGCAGUCAACCAGUAACCCCAAAUCAGCCUUUCAAAAUGGACCUCACAGAACUGGAUCACAUAAUGGAGGUGCUUGUUGGGUCUUAAAGUAUACCGACUUUUUAUGUACCAGUAUAUACACUUGGUAGUAUUUUCACAACCCUUCCCUCCCUCCCCGCCCCUCCAAAUUCACAGCACUGUGCAUGCGUCCUUGCUUGCCUUUUUUUU